AUGUCCUCUGCAACAAGUAAGAUAAACAAAAAAUUUCUUAUUUCUGCACCGGGUAAAGUCAUUCUAUUUGGAGAGCAUGCAGUAGUUCAUGGAAGGACUGCAGUUGCAAGUAGUGUUGGACUUCGUUCCUAUUUAUAUUUAGAAACGCGUGAGGAAGAUCUCGUAGAAUUGUAUUUACCGGACCUUGGUGCCACUGCACCUUUUAGCUGGAAAAAGUCAGAACUUCUUCAUGACUUUGCUAGAAAUCUUAAGGAAAAAGAUUCCUUUAAUCAAAUACUUUAUGAAAAAGUAAAAAAAUCUAUUGAAGGGAAUUCGUUAAUUCAAAUUCAACAGCAACAAGCAGCCGCCACUGCAUUUCUUUAUUUAUAUUUGACUCUGGUUCAUAUCGUGGAAACUCGUCAAAAAGACCAAAAACAAGAACAAUUUGGACUGACAAUUCGUGUAAGAUCAACACUACCGGUCGGUGCGGGUCUCGGCUCUUCGGCUUCAUACUCUGUGUGUCUCGCGACUGGCUUAUUGCUGUCUUUUGGAUUUAUUGAUAUCUCUAAUGCUAAUGAAAAUCACAGCAUUGAUACUGGUUUAUUUUCUUCCUUCUCAUCUAAUGCUGAAUUAAUUAAUCACUGGGCAUUCCAAGCGGAAACGGUUCUUCAUGGGACCCCAUCCGGCGUCGAUAAUACUGUGGCCACCUUUGUUUCACGUGAUACACGAACUUUGGUUGCAAAUGUUGGAGUUAAACUUGAGAAGUACCCUGGUAUCGUUAAGCCAAUCUUGGAUGCUAUUCAAAAUAUUAGUUUAUAUUUUGUAACGCUUUUAGAGCAUGUUAGAGAUAACGCCUUUUUAGAAAAUUUUGAGUAUCUAAUCGAUUCAAAUCAUCAUCUCUUAAAUUCUUUGGGUGUUGGUCAUUUGGCUCUUGAUAAAAUACGAGAGAUUACUGCACGCCACGGUUUACAUUCAAAACUUACUGGCGCUGGUGGUGGUGGAUGUGCACUCACUUUGUUACGUGAUGAUGUCCAAAAUGAAGUCAUAGGACGCGUAAAAAAAGAGUUAUCUGAAUUCGAGUGUUUUGAAACCUCGGUUGGUGGACCAGGUGUUGGAGCAAUUAAUCCUCUGGGUGUUGUCAAUGUUAAUGAAUUUGACACUAUGGAAAAGUCGAUGCUUCAAGAAAUUAGUGGAUGGCAUUUUUUUUAA